AUGUACGUGGUAUUAUUUCAGAAAACUAUUGCAGCCAUCAAUGAACGAAACACGUUUCAUCUAGAACGACGUAAUAUAUCGGUGUUAUUAACAUGUAACACUUGUUUUGCUGCACUUCUCACAUGUAUUACAAUUUGUGUAAUAACUGGUUCAAAUUUAUCCACAGGAUUUUUAAUUUAUAAUGUUGACUUUUGUUGUGUUUGGGGUUUACUCUAUGAUAUAUUUGAAUGUUCAAUUUAUCAUAGCUAUUAUUUACAAUCAUUCUAUCGUCUAUGUCGUGUUGUUUUCUAUAAAAGGAAAUCACUGUUAUCCUAUUUAUUAUAUGUUAUAUUGAUCGUUGGUCAGUGGCUAUUGAUAUUUUGCCUGCUUUUACCACCGCUUUUCAUCAAAUGGUAUACUCAGUUACCUACGGAGAAAUAUUGUCUUAUUCCAUACACAGAUGUUAACGCAGAGAUAUAUCACAUUAUUAUCCUAUAUAGUAUUCCGUUAGCCUGUAUUUCAGUGAGCUAUUUAUGGAUAACAAUAUUUAUGCGUUCGUCGCGCACAUCAUCAAUUAUUAUGGCAACGCAACAACGACAACGAAAUUUAAGAGAUUUAACAGUUAUAAAACGAAUUAUAAUGUUGAUGUCAAUUUUAAUAUCCUUACGCUUGCCAACAAUUAUUUUUAUGGUGUACGGAAUCAUUGCUGGACAAUUAUAUGGGUUAACAUAUGGCAUAGUUGGCUUAAUUACAUCAGCAUGUCUAAUAUUUAUCGGAUUGAUAACAAUUUAUAUAACACCACAAAUACGAAACAAUAUAUCUAUUUUCCUUAUUUAUCGUGAUAAUCGAGUACAACCAACACCACUAAAAAACUUGGAAAUGCGGCGAGCAAGGGAUCGUAAUAUUACUACUUCUCGACAAAACCAAUUGACGAGUACACUAGAGGAUGUUGUUGCAGAACAGAAUCUUUAA